CGUCCACGUUGGUGACGCUUUCUCUUUGUUGUACACUUCGCAAGACUGCUCUUGCUGUCGCAACACUUGUCUACAGCCAUCGCCACCGUCUCAUCUUGCACACCUACAAGUCUCUGGAAAUUCUACUCGCUCUGCGACCGCUGUCAAAGUCGCUUUCUCGAUCCCAUUCUUCCAGGCGCAUCCAACGUGACCAAUCUCUCUUUCCAUCAUGGCCUCGGAAACGAUCAACUUUGGCCAGAUAUUCGCUGUUGCCGUCGUUGGCUUCCUCCUAUAUCGCUGGUUCUCCGGUCCUGCCUUACCUUCGUCAACAUCCUCGGGCCGGAAUGGUGGACGUCAAGUCAACCCUGAGCACGUCGAAGCGGUAGCACAGAUGUACCCUCAACUGGACAGACGAGCAAUCAUAUGGGAUUUGCACCGAAACGGAGGCAGUGUCCAAGCGACUGUCGAGAGACUGCUUGGCGGAAGAAGCCUAGAGACACCUCCUCCCUCUUUCCAGCCUCCGAUACCUCGUGCUGCUGCCCCGCCAACUCCCAGCAGACCUGUCGUUGUAAACAAGCCCGCCCCUAAUCUCAUUGCCCGCUACAAUCUAUCUUCCCGCCUGGCUCCUCAAGAAAGUACUCAAGAGUCUGAAGCAUCUGGCGCAAGCACUGGCACCAAGGGAUGGUCCCAGAACAAGACAGAGCGAUCUGAGAUCCUCAAGCGAAGAAGAGAGGAGAUGGUACUUGCUGCGAGGAGAAAGAUGCAAGAAAAGGACCAAACCAAGGCUGCAUAAAGCACAUGGUUUUGGCGCGUCGUGUACAUAUAUACCCGAUCUCUUUUUAUGAAUCAGCUACUACUCCUUCA